CCUUCGUUCUGCGUUCGAAUUGCGGCUCGAGCUGUCCGGAGGAGAAAUCCGGGAACAUCUUCUCGUUGUGGAAUGACCUGCGUGACAGAAGCGGUCACUAACUCGUGAAAGUCCCCGUGUGCCGUCUCCGAUCGACUCAGGUCUCCGAGCUUCAGAACAUUCGCGAUGGUCCCAGAGGAGCGGUAUGCUUAUACGCUGCCGGAAGAAGAUAUCGCGGAGGAUCAGGACAUGGAAAUCUAUCACGAUCCCCUGAAGGCAAAUAUGUUCAAGGAGCGUGGGAAUCAUCAUUUCAAGAUAGGAGACUAUGACGAAGCCGUCAAUAGCUACUCGUGUGCGGUGGAAGCGGAUCGAGGAAACCCCACACUGUACGCCAACAGAGCGAUGGCUCUGCUCAAAAUCGCCGAGAAACAUCGCGGAGAAGCUUCAGAGAGCGAUCCUCUGCCCGAGCGGGCCCGUGAGCAUUACCGAGCCGCUGAUUGGGACUGUUGCCAAGCCUUGCGCCUCGACAAGGAUUUCGUCAAGGCUUAUUACAGAAGAGGGCUGGCGCGGAAAGCGAUGGGAAUGGCAUCAGAAGCGAUUUUCGAUUUCGAGAACGUUUUAAGGCUGGAACCGAAGAACUCUGUCGCUGAAAAAGAGCUGCAGGCUCUACGGGCGGAAUUGGCGACAAGCAAACCGAACCAGAAACGUUUUUUCUCGGAGUACAGCAGUAUUCCCGUCGAGCCCGUCGACAAAUGUGAUUGGGUCGGAGAGUUGAAGAGGAUCCGCAUCGACGAGAGAAACGUACCAGAUCCACCGAAAGCACCCCCGAAAAUCAAACCCGAGGCUAUGGAGCUGGACUUCGAGGUCAAGAUGCCUCAGCCCGCGAGAACCGCCUUCCAAUUUUAUGCGGACUGGCGUCAUCUGGAAAGAUUCCCGGAGAAGCGGCUCCAAUAUCUGCUUGCGACGGGCGCCGACGCCGUGAAGGACAUAUUCAAAGAUUCCAUUGAAGUUGAUAUUUUCACGGAUUUCAUCUCGAUUCUACACGAAGCUCUCCGGAAGGACGGGAGUUUGCGGUCCCAAGUGUGGUCGCUAAUGGAGAUCUUGCCAAGUGUCGGUCGAUUCGACACAAUCCUCAUGUUCCUGGAACCGAAAGAGAUCGCCAAAGUACGAGAAAUUAUAUCCUCCUCAGAAAGUCUGGAAAGACUCUGGAAGGGUGUCUCGAAUCAUUGAUCGAUCGACCGACGAAGUCGGAAGAUA